AUGAGUGCCAGGGCGCCGAAGGAGCUGAGGCUGGCUCUGCCGCCGUGUCUCCUCAACCGGACCUUUGCUUCCCUCAACGCCAGCGGCAGCGGCAGCGCGGGGGCCCGCGGGCCAGGCGCGGGCGGUGGCGGCGGCACCUGCAUCACGCAGGUGGGACAGCAGCUCUUCCAGUCCUUCUCCUCCACGCUGGUGCUGAUUGUCCUGGUCACCCUCAUCUUCUGCCUCAUCGUGCUGUCCCUGUCCACCUUCCAUAUCCACAAGCGUAGGAUGAAGAAGCGGAAGAUGCAGAGGGCUCAGGAGGAAUACGAGCGGGAUCACUGCAGCGGCAGCCGCGGUGGCCGGGGGCUGCCUCGGCCAGGCGCUCAGGCCCCAAACCACGCGAAAGAAACCCGGCUGGAGAGGCAGCCCCGGGACUCUGCCUUCUGCGCCCCCUCCAUCACCUCCUCCUCCUCCUCCUCUUCAUCCCCUGGCCUUCCGUGCCAGGGUCCCUGUGCUCUUGGGCCUCCGCCGCCAGCCCCCAGUCCACAAGGAGCACACGCAGCCUCCUUCUGCUUGGACACAGCUGGCGAGGUCCUUUUGCAGACGGUGGUACUGUCCUGA